AUGAUGAUUCCAGUUAUGAUCGUUACGUGGUUCGGUAUCUCAAUCGAGGCCUGUCUGGUCUGCCACAACAUUCUCGGUGCAAUCGACUUCGGAGCCCGCCGUUCAGCAGACAGUGGGGGUGCGAGUGCCGCAUCUUUUCCUUCGGAGGCACGGUGGAAGAGUCAAAUGGUCUUUCUGUAUUCCUGUACUAUCUUACUCUUUGCCAUUGCCGAUGAGCUUUUGCGUGGGGACUGGUCAAUUUCUCGUGUCCUGGGUUCUGUUGGGGAAAUCCGAUGGAAUUCCGGGCCAUGGAGAGGUCAUGAGAAUUUAUUCCAAAUACCAAAAAGUUUACGACGCACAUCUUAUUCUCUGUAA